GUUCUGAUUGGUUUAUUUGUGAACAUUGUUGGACAGACAUGAAUAUUGAUUGUUAAACUAUAUAACGAAGCUUAUGGCAAGAUCAGCAACUUUCACAUUAAAGCUUUCUGGAUAGCAAAAAGAAACAAAAAAAAAUAACAUAUGACAUCAAAAUGAAGACUUUGCUUAAGAAAACUUAUAUAACUUGGCGAUAAUUUCAAGAAUUGGAGGAAAAGCAAAUUCAAGUCUGUCGCAUUAAUUUACAAGGGUGGAAUAAGAUUUGUACGUUUAUCAAAAUUGGACAAAAGAAAAAGAAAAAGUUGUUGAAAUCUCAAUUAAAUCUAAGGUUUGCUUCGAAAGUCUGUAGCAACAGUGAUUCUUAAAGUAAUAAUGAAGGCAUCGACUGAAUAUCAUACAAUUCUGAAGGUACUGCAAUGUUUGACAAUUAUGGUUUUCGUUAUUCUCAAGACUGUGGAACCGAAAUACAUGGAAAAAUUUUUUAAACAAUUACCAAAUCCAAGAUGCAUAAAUGGUCGAAUUGGUUUAAAGAAUGAAACGGCUUCUGUCAUAGAAUGUGCAUUAUAUUGUAUGUCCGACAAUAGAUGUGGCUAUUUUAAUUAUUGCAAUGGUGAGUGCAUCAUGUAUAAGAGAUGGUAUGGCAGUGAAAUUGUAGAUUAUGAUUGCAACUGUACAUCCUAUCUGAUGCUUUAUGGAAAAAGCACAAACUGGCAAAAAGUAUUUGCAAUGAAAAAAACUUCCUUUUUAAGAAAUCCUUUUUAUUUACACUGGGACAGCAUGCCUAUUGCAAAGGUCAAACUCAAUUUUAGAAACAUCAAUAAUGUUACUCACGCAUUAUACUUCAACGGAACAGACACGAACCAUACAUCUUGGUUUCAGGAAAAUAAACUCUUAUCAACCCCUUGGCGGAAUGGUCCACCGAUGAAGUACAUAUUCAAUGACAUGAAACCAUCUCUUAAAAUCGUGAAAAAAGCAAACGAAAGUUUUAUCAAGAUGUUAGCAGAACGUGAUGGUCGUAAAAAAUUUUCGAUGUAUUAUAUGGAACAAGGGGGUAGUUCGAGAAUGGAUUUGAAAAUCCUGAAUGUCUUCGUGUUAUUCAAAUAGAAUUUGCAUAUAAUUCAUAAAACUGAAUAUGCUUUUAUUACCUUUCCUUGCAACUACAACUGACGCAAAUAUUCCGCUGGAACGUACGUUUUUACUUUCUUCAGACUGAUAAAUAUAAAGUGUCACGUGGGUAAUUCAACUAAGGAAGGUACCAAGAUGGAUGUAGC